AUGUCGCGAAUUCUCCGUGUUUUCACGCGAUUCUCGUCAAAGAACCCAAAUCUUCAUAGAACUGAAGGACAAAGAGAUGUAACGUGAGUAUUUCUAAACUUUUUGAGUGCAAAAAAUAGCGUAAUUUUUUGUAGGCAAAUGGAUUUGCUGGAAGAGAAGAUUCGUCAACAAAGUGCGUUGAAAAAUCGCGAAUUUCAAAUCGAAGGACAAACGCAACGAUGGGCUUAUCGAUCGGAACUUGUUGGUCGUCAUAAUUUGGACAAAAAUCAUCGAAAUACAUGGCUCGCCUACCUUUGCAUCAUUUUAGUCGGUUUUGGAGCUUUUGUCGCUGUAAAAUCACAAGUUGUGAUGGGAAGAAGACAGGAAAUGGAAGCGAGAGAAGCGUUAAGAAAGGAAUUGCAACUUUCCGGAGAUGACAGGAAGAAAAUUGCGAUUGUUGGAUAA